AUGCCAGUUACACGUCAACAAGUUAAAAGCCACAAGGCCCCUACAGAACAAUUUCCUUCGACGUCAGAGGUAACAGCCGCUUUGGCUACCGAAACUAGGACGGAAACCGACACGGCCUAUACAGCCACGGGAACUGUCAGAACGGAAGCAACAGAACAGACAGCGAUUUACAGUACUUCCGCGACGUCAGCACCCUUUGCUGUGUCACCCUCCGCGACAGUUAAAUCGAAGAUUUCGGCCGCCACUCACUCGAUUACGCCCUCCUUCGCACCGACUCUGCCCGUCGACGCGAAACAAAUGAACCCUCCGACUACAGGGAGGAUUCAUACAGUCCAGCGUACUCGAGAUACAGAGACCUCUACGGUAAAGAAGGGAACAGUUGACAAACCACAGGUACCUCGGGCCCCCAGUAAGAAGGGGGGAGAGGGACGAUCGAACUACAGCAAGACGAAGGCUCACAAAAUAGCAAAAGCAAAGGAAGAACUGCUGCGCCUUCAGGUGGAACUAGCUGCUGCGCGCCUCGCCGCCUUGGAGACAGAAGAAACAGAUACAGAAACAGAGGAUUUAGAAGACGAUGGUGUCUCCGUCCACUCCAAUACAGAAGUCAACAAACGAGUGGACAACUGGCUAGACAGACAACCAGCACGUCCCGUGCUAGCGAUCACUGAUGCACCUCACUACCAUACAGAAGAAUCAGUGGUCAAAGACGCGGAACAACAGAAGCUUCCAGAGGAACACCAAAAGUCUGCACAUCAAUCACCGGCGGGAGUGCAAUCAGGUAUAGCAGAGCUAGCUGAAGCUAUCACAAACGCCGUGAAAGCGGCGCAGCGCCCCAAGUACAUCGAACUGCCUUUCUUUGGUGGAUCACAUCAAGAGUGGCUACCAUUCCGCGCCGCUUACUAUGAAACUGAAAAUAUGUUCAGUACAGUGGAAAACAUAAAUCGUCUGCGACGAAACUUAAAGGGGAAAGCUAAAGAAGCAGUGGAAGGGCUUCUUAUCACCAGCGCGCACCCUACGGAAAUUAUGAAGACCCUCGAGUCAAGAUUCGGAAGACCGGAGUCAAUUGCUAUGACAGAGAUGGAGACACUCCGUGGACUGCCGCGUCUCACUGAAUCACCACGGGACAUUUGCAUAUUCGCGACGAAGGUCUCUAACGUAGUGGCAACAUUGAAGACACUAAGCUGCGUGAACUAUAUGUAUAACCCUGAAGUUUCGAAGACACUCGUGGACAAACUUACACCUACGCUGCGCUACAGAUUCUAUGACUUCGCAGCAACACAGCCCAAGGAAGACCCAGAUUUGUUGAAGCUGGAAAAAUUCCUCAAGAGAGAAGCGGAGUUAUGCGGACCAUAUGCGCUGCCUGAACAGGUGGCCUCACAGACAUCAGCCACUCAACAGAAGAAACCACAGAAGGUCCACAACGUCGCAGAGAGGAUGUACACAGCCAAGUGUCCCGUAUGCGGAAAAGAGGGACACAAUUCAACAGAAUGUGAACAGUUCAAGAAUUUGGAUGAAAAUGGAAGAUGGGAUACAGCCAAGUCCAAACGCCUAUGCUUCCGAUGUCUUCGAUACAGAAAUAAAACACACAGAUGUCAAGCUAAAGUGUGUGGCAUCAACAGCUGCAGGAAUUACCACCACAAGAUGCUGCACUACAACAAAACAGAAAAGAAAGAAGACAAGGAAGCUACAGAAGUAAUCAAUUCUGCGUGGACGAUUAAAAAGAAGCAAUCAUUUUUGAAAAUUAUCCCAGUGCAAGUUGAAGGACCCAAAGGUACUAUCAACACCUUCGCCUUGUUGGACGAUGGGUCAACAGUGACCUUAAUCGACAACAGCGUGGCCGAAUGCAUCGGAGCGCCAGGACCCGUCGAUCCACUGAAGAUAGAAACCCUAAAUGAUAUGAAGACAUCGGAGUCAACUUCGAGAAGGGUAACCAUUAAAUUGAGAGGUCUCAACGAUUGUGAAGAGCAAAUACAAGCGCGCACAGUAAAGAACCUACAAGUCUCGUCACAGCAGGUUUCAAGAGAAAUGGUGGAUAGAUGUAAACAUCUAGCAGAUAUCCGCGAUUAUCUCAUAUAUGCAGAUGUGAAGCCAAGAUUGCUAAUUGGUCAAGACAAUUGGCAUCUUCUGCUGACAACAGAAGUGAGAAGAGGAGACAAGAACCAACCGGUGGCCUCUCUCACGCCGCUAGGGUGGGUACUACAUGGCAGUCAGACUCGCACCUUAGGACGCCGUAUUGACUUCGUGUCACACGUCGCAGAAGAAAUAGAAGAUGACCUGGAUAGCCUCGUCAAGCAAUACUUUGAGAUGGACGCACUCUGCAUACAGCCAAAGAAACCAAAAACAGACCCCGAAGAACGCGCGCUACAGAUCCUGGAGAAGACAACCAAAAGGACAGCAGAAGGAAGAUACGAAACUGGUCUUCUCUGGCGUAAAGAAGAUGUUACGCUUCCCGAGAAUUAUGAAAACUCAUUGAAGCGGCUCUUUAACAUCGAAAAGAAGAUCGACCGAGACCCCAAGCUGAAACAGAAAUAUACAGAUCAGAUGGAAGCUCUUAUCUCGAAAGGAUAUGCUGAACCGGCUCCAAAACAGAAGACAGCAGGCAAGACUUGGUACUUGCCACAUUUCGCAGUGAUCAACCCAAUGAAGCCUGAGAAGCUAAGAGUUGUACACGACGCAGCAGCGAAGACGAAGGGAGUAGCUCUCAACGAUAUGCUACUCAAAGGACCUGAUCUUCUACAGUCUCUACCAGGCGUCGUUAUGCGGUUCCGACAGCACAUGAUUGCAGUUACAGCAGAUAUUAAGGAAAUGUUCAUGCAAGUGAAAUUACGAACUGAGGACAGAGAUGCACUUCGCUACCUAUGGCGCGGGAAUCGACGAGAUGACCAACCUCCUGAAGAAUAUAGGAUGACGUCAUUAAUCUUUGGUGCGUCAAGUUCUCCGUCUACAGCGAUUUAUGUAAAGAACUUGAACGCCAAACAGUAUGAAGAAACUCACCCCGAAGCCACAACUGCCAUUAUACAGAAGCACUACGUUGAUGAUUACUUGGACAGUUUCAGAACUCUUGAAGACGCAGUGCGCAUCGCGAAGAGCGUGCGUGAAGUGCACUCUAAGGCCAGUUUCGAAUUGAAGCAGUGGAAGUCGAACUCUUCAUACCUACUAGAAGCACUCGGUGAAAAGGAACAAGCAGAAGACAAGGAACUCUACAAAUCUGAAGAGAAAACAGAACGAGUACUGGGCGUCAUCUGGAAGCUCAACACAGACGAACUCACCUUCAACCUCAACUUAGCUCGUAUCGCACCAACGCUCAUUAACGGGAAGACACCUACAAAGAGAGAGGCGCUGAGAAUUGUUAUGUCGCUAUUCGAUCCACUCGGCUUCGCAUCGCCUGUCACCAUAAGGGCAAAACAGCUGCUGCAGGAAGUAUGGCGAAGAGGUACGGCAUGGGAUGACGAGCUCGAUGAAGACCUGGCCGCACAGUGGCAAGACUGGAUGAGUCAUCUAAAGAAUCUCAGCAACAUAACGAUCCCAAGACGAUAUCUCCACUAUAGCGACGCCACUUCAAUACAACUACAUGUCUUUACCGACGCCAGCGAAGCAGCUUAUUCAGCGAUUCUAUUCUGGAGAACAGUAGCACCGAAUGGUGAAAUUGGUCUAUCUCUCAUUAUGGCCAAAGCGAAGGUAGCGCCGUUGAAGUUGACAUCCAUUCCGAGAUUGGAGCUCCAGGCUGCCGUCAUGGGAACCAGACUCGCUGAAGCAGUGAUCGCAGAACAUGAAAGAAAACCAGACUGCAGGGUAUUCUGGACUGACAGCAAAACAGUACUUACUUGGAUACGGACUGGGUCGCGCUCAUACAAACCUUACGUGGCGCAUCGCCUUGCAGCUAUUGAAGAGUCUUCUAAAGUCACCGAGUGGCGCUGGGUUCCAACAAAAUUGAAUGUGGCAGAUGAUGCUACGCGAGACGUUCCUACAUCAUUCAAUAGGAACCACCGCUGGUACAAGGGACCCGACUUUCUCUACGAAACAGAAGCUCACUGGCCAACCGAAGUUUCCACCACAGAACAAGAAGAAUCUUCUGGUGAAGAGAAGAUAAAUUAUGUGACCGAUAAAAGGAAAACGAAACUUGCAGAAGCACUACCCGAUGUCUCUCGCUUUUCGAACUGGGACAGACUUCGAUACGCAACAGCAAGAGUUCUACAGUUCACUCAACUCUGUAGAGCUACUAAACAGAGUGUCCACUACAGAAGGACACAGAAAAAUACAGAAGCUGACCCAAGCUGGAGAAAAACAAAUAAGCCGGUGACUAAACAGCAACCAACAGUAAAAAAAAUAGUGACACCUAAGAGAAAAGAGUUUUUCCCAGUUUCCGCCGAAAACCUCAAAAGAGCAGAGGAGUUAUUGAUGCGUUCCUCACAAGAAGACUCCUUUACAGAUGAGUUAGAAGAUCUAAAAAACAACAAGCCAAUCAACAAAGAGAGCCGUCUAUAUCAGCUUAGCGUCGAAUACGUGAACAACGCAAUCAGAUUAAGAAGCCGUAUUCGAGCGGCAGCAGACGUAGCAGAACACUUUAAGAGUUCCAUGGUACUCGACGGCUAUCAUCCGAUAGUUAAGCUCUGGGUGAAGGCCAUACAUCAGCAGCACCAUCACGCAGGUGUCGAAGCGACAGUCAAUGAAUGCAGACAACAGUAUUGGGUGUUACGCUUGCGACCUGCCACAAGGAUGAUAGUACGAAGUUGCUUAUUUUGCAGGAUGAAAACACAAAAACCAGCGUACCCGAGAACCGGAGACUUACCAGCGUGCCGCUUAGCUCACCAUAAACGACCUUUUACAUUUACCGGGGUCGACUAUUUUGGGCCUCUCUCAGUGACCAUUGGUCGAGCGAGACAGAAGAGAUAUGUGGUAAUUUUCACAUGUCUCACCACGAGAGCCAUACAUUUAGAGAUUGCAGGCUCACUAAGCGCUGACUCAGCAGUGAUGGCAUUGAGGAGAAUGAUCGCGCGAAGGGGUUGCCCUACUGAAAUUUGGUCAGAUAAUGGCACCAACCUGAAAGCAGCGGACAAGGAGCUGCGAAAGGCCAUCAAUGAGGCAACAGCAGAGGCAGCAGCAAGGAAAUCUAUCACCUGGCGCUAUAUUCCACCCGGAGCGCCUUUCAUGGGCGGGGCCUGGGAACGAAUGGUCCGCUCUGUAAAGACAGCGCUUGCAGCUACGCUACACGAACGCCAUCCCACCGAAGAAGUGCUUUCCACUCUACUGGCCGAGGUGGAAUAUACAGUUAACAGUCGUCCGCUGACACAUGUUUCAGUCAGCGCAGAGGAUCCAGAAGCACUGACACCCAAUCAUUUUCUGUUGGGUGGUUCAGGACGUGUACCUCAGCCAGGGACCUUUGACGAACGAGACGCUGUCUCUAGGUCCACUUGGCGAGCUGCGCAAAGGUUGGCUGACAUAUUCUGGGCACGCUGGGUGAAGGAGUACCUUCCUGAACUUCAACACCGGCGGGAGCCAAACGGACGAGGACCUGCGAUACAAGUCAACGACCUCGUACAAAUAGUUGACCCAAACCUGCCACGCAAUGUAUGGAUACGAGGCAGAGUUACAGCUACAUACCCGGGACCAGACAACGUCGUGCGUACAGUGGAUAUUCUGACCAAAGGUGGCGUACUACGGAGGCCAGUCAGGAAGCUGGUAUUACUGCCCCUGUCAACAAACGACGACGUGCCCGCACCGACAGAUGAUGCGACGCAGUCGCACGGCGGGAGAAUGUGCGGGACAGCCCGGAACAAUAAUAGUGCAUAAUAAGGUGCCGGACAGUUCGAGAAACUUGGGGAACAGAACUGCGUAAACCCCAAUUUAAAAAUAAUAGAUUAUUGUCUUACCGAGAACGAAACAAUAGGUUAAGGAUCGAGAAAGCGUAAACACCUAUUGUCUUCGACCCUUUUUUG